AUGGUGGCCCCAGCACCAAUAGACAGAGAGCUAGCAAGACUUACCGCUACCCCACUAUCCCUAGAGAUCGAGAGCACACCACUCCCUACCAGAUUCCACCAACCUAAGUUCACGCUAUACAACAGCAAGACGGAUCCGUACAUGCACGUUAGUCAUUACCGGCAAAUGAUGGCUGGCCACCGGCGCAACGACGCCUUGAUGUGUCUCAUAUUCCUUGUAAGUUUGGGAGAACUGGGCCUAAAGUGGUUCGAAAGGCUCCCGAGGGGGAGUAUCGAGGGCUGCCAACAACUAGCGGAGGCCUUUGUCACCAAGUUCAAGACCAAUACUCGAACACCGAAGGAGGUUGACCACCUCCUGAGCGUCAAGUUGGAGUCGAGUGGUUCUUUGAAGGCAUAUAAUACCAAAUAUUGGGAAACCAAUAAUGAGAUCCUCGAUUGCCCCACCAAUUUGGCGAUUGCCCAAUACAAGCGAGGUCUACCAGUCAGGAAUAGGCUACGAGGCUCGCUCACAAUGCAUCAGCCCCCAACCAUGGAGUCCUUAACGCAGUGGAUCAACGAGCACAUCCGAGUUAAGGAUGAUACUGCCACUACCGCCACAAUCGAGAAGGCAAAUUCAGUUAUAGCGAAGAGAUGGGUGGCUGGAAAGUGGAUCAACGAGCACAUCCGAGUUAAGGAUGAUACUGCCACUGCCGCCACAAUCGAGAAGGCAAAUUCAGUUGCAGCGGACAGAUGGGUGGCUGGAAAGGUUCACUCGGUGGGGCAGGAGGAUAACCGCCCUAAUAACUGA